GAUCGGCAGACCCGGACAGCCUCUGACCCUCCGGAGUUGGUAUGUGAUACGCAGCCCUAGCAGUGCCAUGUAUUGGAAGAGCGAUCAGAUGUUUGUGUGUAAACUAGAAGAAAAGGACGUGCCGGAGCUGGCAGUUCCCCCUGAGAAGUGCCGGGGUCUCAUGUCCGAGGAGUGCGCACCGACUGCAGCCCUGGCGACCGGAAGGACUCGGAAAGGCGCCGGGGAAGAGGCACUGGUGAGCCCCGAGGGAGCGGGGGACGAGGACUCGUGCUCCUCCUCGGCCCCGUUGUCCCCGUCGUCCUCGCCCCAGUCCAUGGCCUCGGGCUCCGGCUGCCCCCCUGGCAAGUGUGUGUGCAACAGUUGCGGCCUGGAGAUCGUGGACAAAUACCUUCUCAAGGUGAAUGACCUGUGCUGGCAUGUCCGGUGUCUGUCCUGCAGUGUUUGCAGAACCUCCUUAGGAAGGCACACCAGCUGUUAUAUUAAAGACAAGGACAUUUUCUGCAAACUCGAUUAUUUCAGAAGGUAUGGAACUCGCUGCUCUCGAUGUGGGAGGCACAUCCAUUCUACUGACUGGGUCCGGAGAGCCAAGGGGAAUGUCUAUCACUUGGCGUGCUUUGCCUGCUUUUCCUGCAAAAGGCAACUUUCCACAGGAGAAGAGUUUGCUUUGGUGGAAGAGAAAGUCCUCUGCAGAGUGCAUUAUGACUGCAUGCUGGAUAAUUUAAAAAGAGAAGUUGAAAAUGGUAAUGGGAUUAGUGUGGAAGGCGCCCUCCUCACAGAGCAAGAUGUUAAUCAUCCAAAACCAGCAAAAAGAGCUCGGACCAGCUUUACAGCAGAUCAGCUUCAGGUUAUGCAAGCACAAUUUGCUCAGGACAACAACCCAGAUGCACAGACCCUCCAGAAACUGGCCGAAAGAACAGGCUUGAGCAGACGUGUGAUACAGGUGUGGUUUCAGAAUUGUAGAGCACGCCACAAGAAACACGUCAGUCCUAAUCACUCCUCCUCUGCCCCAGUCACAGCAGUCCCACCCUCCAGGCUGUCUCCACCCAUGUUAGAAGAAAUGGCUUAUUCUGCCUACGUGCCCCAAGAUGGGACGAUGUUAACUGCGCUGCAUAGUUAUAUGGAUGAUUCUGUUCACAAUAGAUGCUACAUUCCAAAAUGAAUCGUGAGACAGACCACUGUGGCUGAGAAGUUGUUACCAGACUUGUCUGCAACCCACAGGGUAUAAAAGGCUCAAGUUGUUGGAGAUUGGAAAGGGUCUUGUGGGGAAAGUGUUGGAGGAUACCUCCCUUCCCAUCAUCUCAAUUCAAAGAAAGGCUCCGAUGGGUCCAUGUGGAGAGUUAGGCACUUGCUUCCUCUAGUUGGCAAGCACAGUGGAUCAAGAGAUGCCAAGGAGAGAAAGAUCUGGCCAGCCACUUUGCCAAGGUAGUGGAGAAGAGAUGCUGCUGUCUUGGGAAGGGUCUGCACUUCCAGACUGUGUGUAAAAGCUAGCCAGGGUGGGGGUUGUCUUAGGUCUCGUUCAAUGAGGCCACCCAAAGGCUACUAAACCUUAGCAUAAGAGAAGCUGGAGGAAGGUUUGUAGGGACUGAGGGGAAAGGAGCAACAGUUAGACUAGAUGACAUUCAUCCAGGUCAAGGGAACUACAGACAGGAGACCACGAGGAAUAGGAAGGACUCCUGAGGAGGACACAAAAGAGUCAGCUUAAACACAUGCCAGACUAAAGGAGUGUGAAGCCAUUGUAACAGAGCAGCCACUACAGCUUCCCUGUCCCCCUCAUAUCUCCAUCCUUUCCUUGCUUCUACCUGGAAGGAUCAGGCAUCACAGUGAGCAAACUGUGGAAGGAGAAAAAGCAUGAAGCAGAGAAAUAGAGAAGAGUCGUGUCUCCCUGACUUCCCUGUCAUUUCUUAUUACUGGUUUGAGGCUGUGUUUUUUACUUUA